AUGUGCCGGCCGCGCAGCCUCUUCCUCAUCACUACCUUCAUCCUCCUGGCUCACCUCAGCUUGGCCAGGAACCUCCCGGUCGUCUCCCCAGAUCCUGGGACGUUCCAGUGCCUCACCCACUCCCAAAACCUGCUGCAGGCCGUCAGCAGCACGCUUCAGAAGGCCAGACAAACCCUAGAAUUUUACUCCUGCAGCUCUGAAGAGAUUGAUCAUGAAGAUAUUACAAAAGAUAAAACCAAUACCUUGAAGGCCUGUCUACCACUGGAAUCAACUGUGAAUGGGAAUUGCCUGGCUGCCAAUGGGACCUCUUUCAUAACCGAUGGGAGUUGUCUGGCUUCCAGAAAGACGUCUUUUAUGAUGACCCUGUGUCUCAGUAGCAUCUAUGAAGACCUGAAGAUGUACCAGGUGGAGUUCAAGGCCAUGAAUGAAAAGCUCUUGAUGGACCCCAAGAGGCAGAUCUUCCUGGAUCAAAACAUGCUGGCAGCUGUCGAUAAGCUGAUGCAGGCCCUGAAUUUCAACAGCGAACCUGUGACACAAAAGCCCUCCCUGGAAGAGCCGGAUUUUUAUAAAACAAAAGUCAAGCUUUGUAUACUUCUUCAUGCCUUCAGAAUCCGUGCAGUGACGAUAGAUAGGACGAUGAGCUACCUGAAUUCUUCCUGAAGAGCUGAGAUUUCUCCGGACCUUAAGGUCUUUUAACUAUAUUUA